UAAUGACGCUCCAUAUGGUCUUUUCAUCCAGACUCACUUCUCCUUUCUGCUCUACAAAGAAAAAGAGACUAACAGAGGGCUGAAAAUGCUCUACUGUAGCUGCUAAAUCUGGUUUAUAACUAUAUGUAGAGCUAAUAUAUUUAAUACAGCCAUGUCUAGAUAUCAUAAGGCAGCCAUUGAUGGUAAUUUGCAUCUGUUGAAAGAGGCGACUAGGAAAGACCUAAACACUGAGGAUGAGGAUGGAAUGACACCGACUCUCUGGGCCGCUUAUCACGGCCAACUGGAGGCUCUACAACUCAUCUGCAGCAGAGGUGGAGAUCCCAACAAAAGCGACAUCUGGGGGAACACACCCUUGCACCAUGCAGCCUCCAAAGGUCAUAUGCACAUACUGAGUUUCCUGGUUACCUUUGGCGCCAAUGUCUUCGCUUUGGAUAAUGAUCUCCACAGUCCUAUGGACAUUGCCGCAUCUCGGGAUCAGAUGAGCUGCGUCCACUUCCUAGACAACACUGCUUCCCAGAAGACAAUGCAGAACCCUAAAACUGUGGCAAACUUGAGGAAACAAGCAGUCAAAGAUGCAGAACGCAAGAUGAAGAAAUGUGAGAUGGUCAAAAAGAGGCACCAGAAUAAGAUGGACAAGAUGUACCGUAGCAGUGGAGGCUCUGUCUCUGAAGCCAGUGCAGGUUCUUUCUCUAGCACAGGAUCCAUGAAGAACUUAAACAAGCUCACUGCCUCCAGCAAAUUUGGGUCCAUUACAGGAACUCUCCAGCGCAAGUUUGGAAAGAAGGACACCGUGUCGAAAAAUACAGAGAAUGGAACAGCAGAAAAGCCUGAAUUACUGGAUGUCUUCAAUGAGCAGGAUGAAAAAGAAGAGGAUGAAGAUGAAAUUGACAACUUUCAAGAUGAGGAAGAAGAUGAUGUGGAUCAAACAAAAGAAUCCCUGUUUCAGAGGCCAGGCCUUGGAAAAAUGGUCUUCCGAAAGAACUUCUCCAUGGAAAUGGGAGUCGAACCGGAAGAAAUUCCCAUUGGUGACACAGAGGACCUGGGUUUCCUGGUCCGCCAGGAGGUGUUUGAAGCAGAGGAGGCAGGACUGGAUGACCAAUUAGAAGAAGAUUCACAAUUGCCUUGGAACCAGGAGGAGAUUGGAUUGGAUGAAGAUGAGGAGACUUCACCCCUGCAUUCCUUCCUGACAUCUGUAAACCUACUAGACUUUGCCCUUGUGUUUAUCCGUGAGAAGUUAGACCUGAAGGCCCUCAUGCUUUGCUCAGACGAUGAUCUAAAAAGCAUCCGAAUCCAGCUAGGGCCUCGCAAGAAGAUUCUGGAAGCAACAGCUAGAAGGAAGGCUGCUCUGGACCAACCUGGUGUAAUGAAGGACACCUUCCUGUAACACCAAAUAUAUUCAAUAUAUAUGCUAUAUAUCAUGCUCAGCUGUACAAUAUUGUCAAGUGAAAUGUGAAGAAUGUAUGUUCUUCCUAAACACUGUCUUCACUUCAGUAAUUUAUAAGACUAAAAAUUCUGAAAUAAUUAUCUAUAAUGUAUACCCAAAAUUCUUCCUGAGUGCCUUUAACAGAUACAUUAUUGUGAAUAAAGUUUAUCAUUAUAAAUUGCUUGCGAAUAAAGCAACCUUUUAUAAAAUA